CUUUGAGAAAAUUUGAUAAUUAUUUGAACUCCCAUGUUUUUCGAUUUUCACUUUAGUUUUUUAAGUCGAAUUCAAAGGUUUUCCAUUUGUUAAAAGUAAUAAACGUAAAGUAAUUCUCGUUAUGAUCGUUGUAGUUAAGUGACGGUGGUUAGUUUCGUAUCUUAUAUGCGAUUAAUCGCAAGUUAUCUCGUCGAAUUUCAAGUCAAGAUUCCAUCACCGGCCAAGUAAGAAUAUUUUCGUUGAUUAUUCACUUUCACCGUGGACUGAAUAAUUCAUUACCACGAACGUUCGACGAUGUGAAUCGAAGUCCCUCGAAAGUACCGAAGUCGUAGCUUGUUUGGAUUUUAUACGUGGAACGAAAACAGAUUACGAAUAGGUGAUCCCAUCCAUCUGUGGCUAGAUAGUGGAGCCGGAGCGAAUGUAUUUCUAGUACAAAUUAUCUGAUGCGAUUGCAAGCUGAAAUUAGAUCGAACCUAUUAUUAUGGACGACCAUAACGAAGAUGAAGAAAACCAACCCAAUGUGUUGGGUGAUGAAGCCACAUAUAGUGACAGCGAUGACGAUAUGGAAGUGAACCGGAGCGAUGACAAAAACACCGUCGAUAAAUUGGAUUCAGAACUCGUCGAUUCCGAUGUAAACGUAGAAGCUACCGAAUUAACUUGUUCGGAUGAUGCAGAUUUAAGCGACGAAUCGGAUUUAAUAGGAGAUCUUACCAGCGACGCAGAAAGUAAUGUCGAUCAACAUGAAAUAAAUGAUUCAGUUGUUGAUUCCGAAGAAGAAACUUUUGCUCUCGAGGUUAAAGAUGCCAAAGAUGAUUCAUCUGAUGAGAAAGAUGAGGUCGAUGAAGCUGAGAAAGAUGAGGUUGAUGAAGCUGAGAAAGAUGAGGUCGAUGAAGCUGAUCAAGAUGAGGUUGAUGAAGCUGAUCGAGAAAAUUUGACCAAAAAUGCACCAGAUGCAGAUGAUGCAGAUGGUAACGAUGCCGAAGACGAUAUCAAUGGCGAUGAUUACCAAAAUAGCGACGAUGAAGAAAAAUCUACCAAUAAUGCAUCUUCUGAAAAUGUAACCGGUGAAAUAACUCCUUCGAAUGAUGUAGAAGAUCAUGAAAAUAAAUCUGUAACGAGUGCUGAUGAAAGUGAAGCAAUCGAUACCAAAGCCAGUGAUACAAAGACAUUGGCAAAUGGUGAAUUAUCGAGUACUUCUCAAAAUGAAGAACACGAUGCAAGGGCUAAAAAUGUCAGAAGGUUGCCAACGCUUUCAAAAUAUGAAUCUGAUGCCGAAGAAGAUACCGGUGAAAGGGCUGAUGGUUCUACACAACCCGAAGCUGCUGAACCAGCCAAUGGGUUCAAUUUCAUCGGGUUUGAUCCUGACAUCACCGAAAGAACGUUGCAAAUUUUUUACAUUUUACAGCAAAACUAUCAAGACUUACUUAGCCAGUUGGAGAAUGCUUCGCCUAAAUAUGAAGAUGACUUGGCGAUGGAAGUAGAUACCGAACAGUCGAGUCAAUUAGCUGAUACAGUUCCUGAACCUGCAAUGUGUAUUGAUAGUGAUAUGGCUAGUGGAGAUGUAUCGCUGGAUAACCAAACCGAAGAACAAAUAGCAGCUAACAAACGAGUAAAAAAGAAGAGGAAAUUCUUCGACGAUUUUGAUAAUAAUGAAUUGGAUCCUCCUAAAAGACUUAAAGAGCAACUAGAUAAACCUCCGAAUGUAGAUGUCAGUAUGGGGGAGAAUAAGGAAAAUUUUAUCAAUAGUGAGAAACUUCCUGAAGAAAAAGAAUUGACUGAAGUAGCUCCAGCAUCGCCGGUAUCUGUUGUUUCUUCAACACCGAAUCCACCCAGCAGACCUAAAUCUAAACCAAAAGUAGAUAUUUCAAAUCCACUUUUUAAAGAACCAUUCAAAUACGGAUGGAGGAGAGAAGUAGUUUACAGAUACAUUUCAGAAGAUGGCCAGAAGAAGAGCGCCGAUGUUAGUUACUUUACUCCCCAAGGGAAGAAGUUACGAUCCACCAAGCAGAUCAGUGACAGCUUGCCUAAAGACGGAACCUUAAGCAUACGGAAUUUCACAUUUUCGAAAGAAUUAGUAUUCAGUAAUCGUGAAUGUGACUUGGAAAGGACGCGUUUUACCAAGAAAAUGGAAGCGGAACUUUUGGAGAACGAAUCAGCCAACGUGAGCGGCGACCUCAUGUUAAAUCGACGUUUAGGUAUCGACCCCGCAUCGACGCAUACACCAGUGACGUCUGCGUCAGCAUCAAUGCCUGAUGCCGGUGACGACUUAUCAAAGAACCCAACCACAGCUGCGGUAUUUCCGGCGACACUGACACCAGCGCCGUCAUCUUCGAAAAAGAAAGACCCUCAGAAGUCGAAAUCAAACGCCAAAACUCCGGGAUCUGAUGCCGUUUCUAAAUCUAAAUCAUCGUCGAAGAAAGGAAAUAAAAACAUGGCCGAUCCCGAUGCGGAAGAGAGUACAAACAAUAUGACUCCUAAGUUAAUGAUGCCAAAGAUCUUGUUGCGUGCGCCAAACAUGGCUAAUUCGAAUACCGCCUCGUCUAAAGUUACCUCCGGAGGUAAACCAUCUAGUAUGAAAAUUAAGAUCGGAGGACCUCCCUCGAAGCAGAGUGGUCAGAAAUCAGUGAAAAAACCACCGUCGUCGUCUAAAUCGAGUAAAGGUUCCAAAUCGCAGAAACGUACUGAUAAAAGCAUCGCCCCUGAUCUGGUAUCCGGCUCGAUUUCUGCGGAUCAUUCUUCGCAUGCGAAAAGUGCUCGUGGAACGCAGACCUGUUCUAUAAGCUGUCCAUCGGCUCUUGGAACGAUACCAACGUUACAAUGCACCAUUUGUUUGUGUCUAUAUCAUUUCCAAUGCUGCGGAAUGGACGCAGAUCAACCUGUUGGCGGAUAUGUAUGCAAGCCUUGUCAAUUGUGUGAAAUGAAAAAAGAAAACAUUCAUCCGGCCUUUAAAGCAAUGUACGGAAUGGGCCAUUCUCCUCGAACCAUGUAUUCGACGAUGUCAGAUCAUUACGACUCGCUAACGUUAUCGAGCUCGUCAGCAAACUUCCCAGCGACUAAGAUCGUCGACGGUGUAACCACCUGGCUACCCUCAUCGUCCAAUAUCCAUUUAAAAACAAUGUACGGCGGCGGCGUAUUAUCAAUGGCGAAUAUGAACGCUUCCUCAUCAGCGACCGGUGACGUCACGACCGUCUCUGAAAUUCAAAUGCCUUUAGUGCAAGGUGUCCUGGAACUGGAAGGACGACGUUACGUGGUCGUUCCGAAACAAAGUGUAUUGUCAGUAUCACCGAAUGCGAACGCUGUAUUUGAAAAUCAUACCACGUUAUGCAAAAGAACGACCAAUACGUUGGCCAGAUGCGGCAGUCCCAUUGGUCCGUCUAGUGUGGCUAAUACGUUAUUGGUUAAUCCAUCCGAUGUAAAUAACGCCGGAGUUGUGCUAGUUCCUGUGGGGCCAUCGAAGAAUACCGCCAACGCGUAUAGUCCUCAGAGUAUGGCUAGAUAUUCAGCUGCUGAGUAUGCGAAUUACGCUCAUCAUCAUAAUCGUCUGAAAUUUCCAGUUGAAAACACCUGCCCUUCGACUUACGCGAUCAAUUGUAAUAGUAUUAAUGGUAUAAGUCCGAAUGACUUGAGCGCAUAUCACGCGAUAGGCAGUCGAGCCCCUAUCGAAUACCAUAGCUCGUUCAAUUUAUCUAAUAUUUCACGUAUUUACGACCCAUUGCUAAUGAGUCUGAAGUACUUAACAGUACGUGAUCUCUUACGCAUAUCUAUGACCAGUAAAUUUCUGAACAGAAUAGCAUCGGAACCUUGCUUGUGGAAAACGGUUCGACUAAAAAAUUCCCAAGUACACGACUGGAAAGGGUUCGCGAAAUCGUUACAAAAAUACGGUACGAAGAGAUUAGAUAUGCGCAAAAUGUUGUGUUCGGCUGUACCCGAAGACUUGAGUAAAAUGUGGCAAGAAUUCCUCCAAGUUAUUCCUACCAUUACGUCUUUGGAACAUAUAGAUUUUAGCCGGACUCCGAUGCACGUCAUCGACGCUGUAGCAGCUACUUGUCCGAAUUUGGCUGUUUUUAACGCGAUGUAUUUGAAAAAUGGCUCGCUGACGUUUGAUAAUUUUACUCGAUUGGAACAUUUGGCUGAAUUAAGGCUCAAAGGAGCCGGUGGAAUUGAACUGAUACGAAACGAUUCGCUGUUACAGUUCGUCAAUAAGGAUAAUUUGAGAGAAAUUUGUUUAACUUGUAUUAAGAAUAUAGAUAUCGAUUUAUUGAAAAUGAUAAGCGAAGCGAGUAACUUAGUAACUCUGGAGUUGGGCGACUGCUCCGAUUUACCACCCAGUUUCGGUACAGAAAUCGGUAAAUUACAAAAAUUGGAGAAAUUACGUUUGGAAAAAGUAGAUAACCUGGCUCCUGAUUACGAACUGUUGACCAUCCUUAACGGUAUGGAAACACUCAAGAGCUUAGAACUGAUAAACGUCGAAGUAAAGGAUGGUUUCGACGAAGUCAUGGCGCGGUGUAAUAAUAUCGAGAAUUUCCUCAUCAUUCCGUUGUAUAUAUCGCAGUCUGCGACCACCAAUCAGCUGAUUCUAGACGGCAUUAAAGGCUUAUCAGAUACGUUGAAAUGUUUCGUCUGGGGUCUAACUACCGAGCUUCUCAAAGUAACCGAUUUGUUCAUGGAUCAAUGGCAAUUGAAAAGCGGCGGCGGUAGCAACAACACUGGUUCGAAUAAGAAAUCCGCUGGCAGUAUACCGGUGCGUAAAUCAGUCGAUAAACCUUCGCCGGAUGGUGACGUUCCUCCUACACACGUCGAUAUACUACCUAUACCAAAACUCGAACGCAUUUUGGGUACUCAUUUGCCCAAAUCACGAAUAAAAGUCAUCAAAGUACCGUUCCAGAUGACUUGGAGGCAAUCUCUAUCCGAUUGUUUGAAAUGAAACCGAUCUAGCUUAUGAAUUUUCGACUUGGUUUUCGAUUAAUCGAUAAAAUGUGUGAAAUGAUUCGAUUCGACUUUUUCUCUCCUACGCUUUGUAACUUAUUUUGUAAAUAUACCUUCGUGUUUUAUUUUUUAAUUAACUUAAUAUUUAUCUUUUACGUUAUUUUGUUUGUUUUUCCCCUAUCCCUCCCUUCCCGUUUUUUAAAACUUAUUAUUUUUUUUGUAAACGCGCGUUUUAGAUUAGUAUUUAUUUUGAAAAUGAAUAUAAUGAAGAGACUGAAUAGUGGUUAGCGUUAAUUGUUAUACAAGCUCAUAAAAUGUGCGGGUGUACAAUGAAGUAAAAAUAAUAUGUAAAGCAUUUUCAAUUUGUAUUCGUAGAAUAAGCUGAAGAAUUGAAUUUUUUAUGCUAUUACGAUGCCUGUAAUAUAUUGUAUAAUUUUACUGUAUAACUUGAAAUGAAAAAAUUAUUGAGUAGAAAA